AAUCUACUGCGCUAACAGUGUUUCUCUGUGUGCUCAGUGAUCUCCGCAGUGAUCUGCCGCUAAAUGAGCGCCACAUUGAUGAGAACCUGCUGGCGGCUCUGGUGACGCCGUGCGGCUGCUUGAGCGCAGGACGCAGCGCAGCGACGUUUCUGUUUUUUUCCUGUUCCUCCUCACAGCGGCUCGAACUGACGGCAGAUCCACCAUGGAGACCAAACCGGUCAUCACCUGCCUUAAAACCCUGCUCAUCGUCUACUCCUUCGUCUUCUGGAUAACAGGAGCCAUCCUGCUGGCGGUGGGAGUAUGGGGGAAGCUGAUGCUGGGCCCGUACAUCUCUCUGAUCGCCGACAACUCCACCAACGCCCCGUACGUCCUCAUCGGCACCGGCACCGUCAUCAUCGUCUUCGGCCUGUUUGGAUGCUUCGCCACCUGCAGAGGAAGCCCAUGGAUGCUGAAGCUGUAUGCCAUGUUCCUGUCGCUGGUCUUCCUCGCCGAGUUAGUGGCAGGGAUCUCUGGAUUUGUGUUUCGCCAUGAGAUAAAGGGAACCUUUCGCAGAACAUACACCGACGCUGUCCUGAACUACAACGCCGAUGAUGAGGCGAGCCGUGCCGUCGACAACCUGCAGCACAAGCUGCGUUGCUGUGGAGUUUAUAACUACACCAGCUGGUCUAAGAGCGUCUACUACCCCUCCAACGGCAUUCCUGCCAGCUGCUGCUUCAACUCCUCCGACUGCAACCCUGAAGACCUCCGCAAUGCAACUCUAGCUCCGAGCAAGGUCUUCCACCAGGGCUGCUUUGAGCUGGUCACUUCAUUCAUGGAAACCAACAUGGCCAUCAUUGCGGGAGUGACGUUCGGCAUCGCCUUCUCACAGCUGAUUGGCAUGUUGCUGGCCUGCUGUCUGUCCAGGAUCAUCACAGCCAAUCAGUAUGAGAUGGUUUAGCUGAUGUGACGUGGCAGGGAGAUGAAGAGAAGAAGAGACAAAGUGUCUCGACACAUGACCAGAGUAAAUUCCCCUGAAACGCUAUCACACAUCUGAUCUGGAAUUUACCUCCCUCCAUCUCUCUGCCUGUGAUCUCCAUGUAAUAUCUUAAUGUACCUUACUGUAAAGCACCAUUCCUCCACUCACUGCAGCUGCAUCCAUGCUUCCAGUACAUCAUCGCAUCGCCGCUUUGACGUAGAAGUUGCUCAUUAGUGCAUAUCUGGGAUCAGUACAGCCCACAGCGAGCAGGUAGACCGGAGCCGUCUGAUUGGACGGCGGCGUUGGUCUCAGAUGGGCGAUCGGUCGCGACUCGGCUUCUCGGCUGGUUGCAGCAUGCUCCACCGAGCGUCAUCAGAAGACCACUGCACAUCUCUGUACAGAAUGACAUUACUAAAAGCUUGAAAGUUUCUUAGAUAGGUUUAGUUUUGCUUUUGACUUUGCUAUCGCUCAUCACUGUAUAUUCCUACGGUUGUGACAUUUUUGUGAAUUGAUUACCGAGGGGGAUGUUUUCAGUUUAUAUGAAAUAUAGGGGAGCUGAGAGAGGAGAGAAAAGGGAGAGUUGUGCAGAGUAUUUUUACCUGAAAGAAAGAACGAUAUUUUUUUAGUCCAAAUUAUUUAAUUUAAAUGAAUGACACAUUAUGUGGUAAGCUGAAUAUCCGUUUAAGCUCUAAUCUGGAACAAAUACACAAGAACACACAAAACAAAUGCAAAUCUUUGCUGUAAAAGCUCCUUGAAAUAAAGCCGAACUCUACAUUCACAGCCUUUAAAUACACCUGAAUUCAUUCUUUAUGCUUUUAAGUCCAUUUUAUGGGGAAAAGAAACAAACAAAUGGCUUUAGUUGUGGAGUCUGAAGGCCUGGUUACACCAGCUGCCACCUACAGAGCAAUAAACAGCUCAUGAAAAUACAGAUUUCUCUUUGUUGAAACUGUUUUCUACUUAGACAGAGGAGGUUGAAAUGAAUCUGCAACACAGCUACAACAAAAAGCACAGUUUCCUACAUUUUGUAACCUCAAGGAUCAGCACUACACAUGUCAAGUACAAAACUCAGAUCCCUUAAAAACUCAUCUGUGCAUGAGAAUGAACAAUUUGCAAUAGAAUAGUGUUGCUUUUUAACCGACAACUAAGUGAGAAAAAGAUGUUUUUUACCUUGCUAAAGAGCAAGUUAAAAAGUAACGCUAUUCUCAAGUAAGAAACGACAUAAUGAAUAUAAUCCAUCGACCAAUUUGCAAGUUUUUCCUCAUGAAAGUCAUCCCUUCCUGCACAGCUACACUCUUGCUCCCUUUUUUAACUACACAUCCAUUGUUAGUCUGCAGCUCAAGCACACCAGCUCACCUCCAACUCUGCUAAAACACUGUAAAACUACUCGUCACUACACAAAGACAAGUUGUAAUAUUGGAGUAAUUCAGCCACACAUGUUUGAGUUGCACCCUGGAAUUUGCGUUUACUUCAUAAAAAUGCAUUUUUGAGACUUCUUUGCUGCAGUUUAGAGGUGGAAAUCCUCAAUAAUGGCAUUGAUGCGUAAUUUGAUCAUAAAAAACACAAUGCGGACAUGUUAAGAAAAAAACUCUGACGAAAUUCACGGAAAUCUACUUUGCCUCAACGAGGUAAUCUAAUAUUUGCUGCCAUUACAAUAAAUGUAGUUUAUUUAGCCGUAAAAGGUUCAUAUGCUGGUGUGACCGGGCCUUUUCAGGCUUUCAGUUAGGCCUCUAGUAAUCUUUACAGUUAGCCAACUUAAAGUUCACUGUCGCUGAAGGUGUUUGUGGCUGGAGAGGCCUCACCUGAGGGGGCGAGAUGCACUGAAAUCAAGCACAUGGUUGCAACGGGCACAAUUUCAGAUGAAAAGAAUAAAGGAGAAAGAUUGAGGCACACAUAUAAAUAAUUGUGAAGUAUAAUUGUCAGCCCUUCAAGUUCUGAAGUUGAAAAAUGUGCACAGUUUCUGGAUGCUGCUUGAUGAGCCAACAAGUAUUUAACCCUCCUGUUGUCCUCAUUUAUGGGCACCAAAAAAUAUUGUUUCCUUGUCUGAAAAAAAUCCAAAAAUUCAGCAAAAAAAAUCCCCAAAUUUCUGAAAAUUUGCAAAACCUUCAGGAAGAAAAUUCCAAUAAUUCCUUAAAAGUUUCCCUAAAAAGUUCUAUUGAAAAAAAAAAAAUCCCCCAAAUUUGGCAAGAAAAUUCUUGUAAAUAUUUUCUAAAAAUCUUCCAAAAAAUCAUAAAAUUAUCUAAAGUGAUUCCAUAUAUAUCAGUAAAACUUCUAAUAUUUUCUUUAAGAACAUUCACAAAAAAUCAACCAAAAUCCAGUGAAAUUCGCUGGAUUUUGGUUGAUUUUUUUGUGAAUGUUCUUAAGAAACAUUUUUAACAUUUCUUUUUUUCCACCAGAAAUGUUCAAAGAUUUCCCAAAAAAUGUCGAAAAUGUGGACAUCAGGAGUUUCACUGCGAAUUUUUUUUCUCCACAUUUUCAAACUUUAAACCGGAUCAAUUUUGACAGGAGGGUUAACAAAUAUUGACACCUAAGUAUCUAAAGUAAUGUUCUACUACUUCUUUUUCAGUUUUUUUGCGACGGUCAGUAUUCAGCUUUAAAAACACUGGCUGAAAAUCUUGUUUUUGCUGAAUUUUACUAGUUAAAAUACAGCAAAGCAACCCUUUUUUCAGCCUUCGAGGUUCAUAUCAGAUCAUUAGUGUCAUUAAUUCUUUUCUCCCGGUGGAAUUUAAAGCCAGCGGUUUGUUACAAGGGGAGCAGUUGACAUUAGCGGGACUCAGACGGCGUUCAUCUCGUAUUUACAGUAUUCUGUGUAGUGCAUCGACAUGCUGCCAUCAUCAUCAUCACCAUCUGUAGAUAUGUAUUGGAAAAUGUAAUUUAUAUGAUGUAAUGUUUCUCAUUCUAAUAUGCUAAUCAGUAUCAGUGUCGUGUCACGGUUUUGAAUCCACACUUUGUGCUGUUAACCCGUAUUUGUUUAAUAGUUUAUAGGAAACUCGCACUGGAAAAAGUACUUGUGGCUGAUGUUUUCGUUGAGAGUAACGCGCAACAUGUAGCCGUUUGAAUUUAGCUGUAUAUUUAUCAUGGUUUGGUUGGCAUUGGGUUUACAGUUUCACCAAGUGAUUUUCUAUCUCUCUUUCAGUGUGUGUGAGAUUUAGUUUCUUUAUCUACUAUAACCCUGAGUGUGUCUAUUUCUUGUAUGGCGAGGUGUGUGUGUGUGUGUGUGUGUGUGUGUGUGUGUGUGCGUGCGUGCGUGCGUGCGUGCGUGCGUGCGUGCGUGUGUGUGGUGUGUGUGAGAGAGAGAGCGAGCGAGCGUGUCGACUUUGUGGAUCCCGUUGUAUUCAACUUUGGUCAGUAUUAAGUUGUGGCUUUUUGAAAGUUCUUGCUUUGAAAGCUGUACAUUUAUUUAGUGAAUGUAUGUUUUCCAGCGCUCUGAAACUCUUACUUUACCUUCUCCGAACUGAUAUUGUUGACUGUAAAUACUAAAUUGUAAUACCAUCUAGCUUACACAUGGGGUCACUAGACACUCAAGAAGUAUUUCACCAUGCUGUCUACUAUUGACUAAGUCACCAUCAGUGGUCUUAUUAUCAAUAAAUAUACAGAAUAACAGUUCA